UUCUCCCGAAACACCCUGUGACCACCCUGAUAAUUACCCACUAUCAUGAAAAAUUUCACCAUCAGAACCACGCAGCCAUAGUGAACGAACUGCGUCAACGAUUCGUGAUUCCUCGCAUUCGCGUUCAGUAUACGGCUGCAAGAAAGAGCUGCCAGCGAUGUAAAAAUGAAUCCGCGAUCCCCCAACCUCCAAUCAUGGCAGACCUUCCAGAGGAACGACUUGCUGCCUACACACUGCCCUUCACCCACGUUGGGGUGGACUACUUUGGUCCCAUGGAAGUUGUAAUCGGAAGAAGAGCGGAGAAGAGGUGGGGAAUGAUCGUUGUGUGUCAAACAACACGAGCAAUCCACAUUGAGUUAGUGAACUCGCUGAGCACCGAUUCGUGCAUAAUCGCGCUGCGAAACUUUAUGAGCCGACGCGGAACUCCCAGGACCAUUCGGAGCGACCGGGGAACCAACUUUAUUGGUGCAAGUCGAGAACUCAAAAAGCUGUAUGAGACAGUUGAUUACGACAAGGUCAUUAAAAAAUUCGUAACCGCCGAGACUAGUUGGCAUUUCAAUCCGCCUCUGGCUGCUCAUAUGGGUGGUAGUUGGGAGCGCCUAAUUCGAAGUGUGAAGAAAAACCUGACUGCCAUUUCCCCUUCACGGAAACUGUCCGAAGAAGUACUGAGAAGCCUGCUCAUGGAAGUCGAAAUGACGCUUAACUCUCGACCGCUUACGUAUGUGCCAAUCGACAAUGAAUCGUCACCCGCACUUACGCCCAACCAUUUUCUGUUGGGUUCCUCCGACGGCACGAAGCCAUUCACCUUAUUGGAUGACAGCGGAGUUUUCCUCAAGCAAAACUGGCGUACAUCUCAAGCAUUGGCCAACCAGUUCUGGAAGCGCUGGUUAUCCGACUACCUACCUGAAAUUACCAAACGGACAAAAUGGUACGUCGAUUCGAAGCCGAUUGCUCUAGACGACGUGGUGGUUAUCGUAGAUCCCAACCUGCCUAGAAACUGUUGGCCGAAAGGUAGGGUCAUUGCUACACACCCUAGCAAAGACGGUCGUAUCCGAUCAGCUACAGUAAAAACAAGAAGUGGCAUCUAUAAUCGACCCGUGACUAAACUGGCGGUUCUGGACGUUCGAUGCGGAGAGGAGCAAACCUACCAGAGGAAUAGUUUACCCGGGGGGAGUGUUGGCCAUCCCUAGCUGGCCGCGCACUCACGAUCCAGUGUGCCCCUCGAUUGAUCGAGCGAGAUCGAUUUAACACGAUCGCUUGUGACGGAUGACUGACAAGACGGUAGGUCUGUCAUCGGCUGGGUAAGUGACAAUAGAGAGUAACAAUCUAAAAGCCGAUAUAACGUGUGCUUGCAGCUCUACCACGAAAUAUAUUGUUCUUAAAUACUAUUACCUAAAUACUUGCGUGAAAUUAAACAUCUAAAUACUUAAAACUAAUUAGAUUAAACUUACCUAAGUGCUUAUAGAGAUAGCCAACCUUAAACAUAACCUAGAAGAAUCUCUGUUAUCUGAUUCUAAAAAUACGGUUAAAAUUAUAAGAGGGACUAAACGUGAGUACAACUAAACUUAAUAGCCUAAUGAUCACCUUAUUAAAAAUUAAAAUCUUCACCAAUAAACAUCAGAUAGAAAUAAAAUGAAAACUUAUGUAGAUUUAGGUUAUACA